AUGGCCCAAGCACUGCCCUGGCUCCUGCUGUGGAUGGGCUCGGCAGCGCUGCCUGCCCACUGCGCCCAGCCUGGCAUCCGGCUGCCCCUGCGGAGCGGGCUGGGGGGGACGCCCCUGGGGCUGCGACUGCCCCGGGACACCGAGGAGCCGGAGGAGCCUAGCCGGAGGGGCAGCUUUGUGGAGAUGGUGGACAACCUGAGGGGCAAAUCCGGUCAGGGCUACUAUGUGGAGAUGACUGUGGGCAGCCCCCCGCAGACGCUCAACAUCCUGGUGGACACCGGCAGCAGCAACUUCGCCGUGGGGGCUGCCCCCCACCCCUUCCUGCACCGCUACUACCAGAGGCAGCUGUCCAGCACGUACCGGGACCUCCACAAGGGCGUGUAUGUGCCCUACACCCAGGGCAAGUGGGAGGGAGAGCUGGGCACCGACCUGGUGAGCAUCCCCCAUGGCCCCAAUGUCACUGUACGUGCCAACAUUGCUGCCAUCACGGAGUCAGACAAGUUCUUCAUCAAUGGCUCCAACUGGGAAGGCAUCCUGGGGCUGGCCUAUGCUGAGAUCGCCAGGCCUGACGACUCCCUGGAGCCUUUCUUUGACUCCCUGGUAAAGCAGACCCACGUUCCCAACCUCUUCUCACUGCAGCUGUGUGGCGCCGGCUUCCCUCUCAACCAGUCAGAAGUGCCGGCCUCAGUUGGAGGGAGCAUGAUCAUUGGGGGUAUCGACCACUCGCUGUACACGGGCAGCCUCUGGUACACACCCAUCAGGCGGGAGUGGUAUUAUGAGGUGAUCAUCGUGCGAGUGGAGAUCAAUGGACAGGAUCUGAGAAUGGACUGCAAGGAGUACAACUAUGAUAAGAGCAUCGUGGACAGCGGCACCACCAACCUUCGUUUGCCCAAGAAAGUGUUUGAAGCUGCAGUCAAAUCCAUCAAGGCAGCCUCCUCGACGGAGAAGUUCCCCGACGGCUUUUGGCUAGGGGAGCAGCUGGUAUGCUGGCAAGCAGGCACCACCCCUUGGAACAUUUUCCCAGUCAUCUCACUCUACCUAAUGAGUGAGGUCACCAAUCAGUCCUUCCGCAUCACCAUUCUUCCACAGCAAUACCUGCGGCCAGUGGAAGACGUAGCCACGUCCCAGGACGACUGUUACAAGUUCGCCAUCUCACAGUCAUCCACGGGCACUGUCAUGGGAGCUGUUAUCAUGGAGGGCUUCUAUGUUGUCUUUGAUCGGGCAAGAAAACGGAUUGGCUUUGCUGUCAGCGCUUGCCACGUGCACGAUGAGUUCAGGACGGCAGCCGUGGAGGGCCCCUUUGUCACCCUGGACAUGGAAGACUGUGGCUACAACAUCCCGCAGACAGACGAGUCCACCCUCAUGACCAUAGCCUACGUCAUGGCCGCCAUCUGCGCCCUCUUCAUGCUGCCCCUCUGCCUCAUGGUGUGCCAGUGGCGCUGCCUCCGCUGCCUGCGCCGCCAGCACGACGACUUUGCCGAUGACAUCUCCCUGCUGAAGUGAGGCGGCCCGGGAGCAGACGACAGAGACUCCCUGGACCCUCUGGGUGGUGGGUUCAGGUUGGUCACAAGGAAACAGAUGGUACCUGUGGCCAGAGCACCUCAGGACCCUUACCCGCCCACCACGUGCCUCUGCCUCGACCGAGAAGGGAGAUGGCAAGGUGGGUUACAGGGACUGCACCUGCAGAAACAGGGCAGGGAAGAGACACGCUGCAGUGGCAGGAGCACUGUCACCUCAAACUUGAGCUGGGAAAUUCUGCUGCUUAAAACUUCAGCCCUGAUCUUUGCCCACCACCCCCUCUAAACCCUCCAACCCAAAGUCUCCUCUUUCCUUAGUUCCAGAAGUAGGGGUGUCCCACCCAGGUUAUCCCGGUGUGUCUGCGGUGCCCUGGCCAAGGCAGUCGGAGUGAAUGCAGUUUGUUUUUGCUUUAGACAUAGGAACUGUAUCAGCGAGCUUAACACUGGUGCAAAGACUGCCUCUUGAAUUAAACAAAAAAUAAUCUGGCUGAA